UCCAGUUCCGAACUUUGUCUGGACACUACGGUUUUCCGAGAGUGAAGCACGAGAACGCCUCCCGUAUUCCGUGGCUGUGCGGUCGGUGCUCUCGACAGGUCGCCUCUAUGAGGUCGCUUCUUCCUACGCUCGAAAGGCAGGCAACACCGACCAGAACAAGUGUAGCUAGUGCUGCUUAGUGCGAGGUUGUGUUGAAGCUUCAAGUCGAUCGGUGGUGUUCCCAAGGAUCGACUAACUCCGCAAUGACUCGGUCGUGAGUUCCCCAAUCUGCCUGACCAUCUAGAAUGGGCAAGUGCAGAUCUCGGACCCGGUUCGUCCCGGCUUUCUUCUCUUGGCUCCUGCUUAUCGUAGCCACAGCCAUCUUCUUUAUAUUCCCAUGUCAAGCUUUAGCAGAACAGUACAAUCUCACGGUGUACAUAGUGCAGGGGAUUGUCACUUGUUUUUUAGUCAUCAACUUCGCCUUAACAACCUUCACGAAUCCAGGUAUCAUUCCGAAGGAGAAAUGCCAGGCUAAUGACGCUGAUGAAUUCCGCUUCCCACUGUUCAAGAAUACUCAGAUCAAUGGCGUCUCGGUACACCUGAAAUGGUGCACGACUUGCCAAUUCUAUCGACCGCCGCGUGUCUCUCACUGUUCAAUUUGCAACGCCUGCGUCGAGACGUUCGACCAUCAUUGUCCGUGGGUGAACAACUGCAUUGGCCGUAGAAACUACCGGUUUUUCUUCCUGUUCCUGGUAUUUCUCAGCGUUCAUUUGUUGAGCAUCUUCGCAUGGUGUAUCGUGUAUGUACUGAACGAGACAAACCGCAAAAACAUCACUUCAUUGCAAGGAUGCUUCACAAUAGGAAUCAUGCUCUUGUGCUGCCUGCUCUUCUUGCCUAUAUUGGGGCUCACAGGAUUCCACAUGGUUCUUAUUGCUCGAGGCCGCACCACAAACGAACAGGUGACGGGUAAAUUCCGCGGCGGUUACAAUCCAUUCAGUCAAGGUUGUGCCCGGAAUAUCUGCUACACCUUGUGCGGUCCGAUGUAUCCAAGCUACAAAAUUGCGUCGACAAGAGUCCGUAAUGUCGAGGAGCUCAAGGUUGUCUACACUGAUAAACGGUUGGACAAAAUCGAGCUCCAUUCAGGAGUGGCAGCUGUCUCGGGAGAGAAAGACACGAAAAGCCGUGAGGAGACGCUCAAUUUACCACUGAGCGGAGCGAGUCGUAAGCAAAACUGUAUCAUCGAGGCUAACACGGCUCCCAUCGGAGCUCGGCCGACCGGUGGUGUCAGGGUAUUACCGGCCUCAGCACAGCCUAAAAUCCUCUCACCACCGUGUGAAAGCUCAAGUGGAGGUCCGAGCUCGCCGCCGAGAGGUGGUGUCGGGCACCCUUUCGCGCAGCAAACCAGCUCCAACGGUGGAAGUAAUAACAAUAAUUCGGAAAGAACGCCGGCCCACAGCGGGAUGGGUUCCCUAGUCCGUAAGGGCUCCGAGACCGAAUUGUUGGUCACAGCUAGGUCUGAAGGCUCUCAGGUCAAUCGCACCGUUCUGAAUUGGACAGGCAACGCCCAGCAAAACAAACAACUAAUGACGCCAGGUUCUCGUCGGCCAAUUCUAUCCGACGGUUCAAGCAAUUAUGAGAUUUCGGUGUAAAAUAAGGACGAAGAGCCACUGGAUACCCAGAUUGAAAGUUUGCGCCGCCGAACUUCCAGAAGGUGACUUCUACACGAAGUUGCAGCGAGAAAUCAAAACCCCAGUAUCCUUCAUUCUUUCACGAUGACGGCUAGGAAACUAGACGUUCAUGAUGACCUUCCUCGAAGGGAGAAGGUUUCGGCCAAGGUCGAGAGUCCGGAUAGAGCAACCCUCAUCUUCUCGAUUUGGGAGUCUCGUCUACACGUCUCGAUCACUGCGUGAGAGUUUGUUCAAUGCGCAUGGCGGUUCGGCGACCUUCCGAACCACUGCUGCGAAGCCUAGUCAAUUUCGAGUCAAUGAAAGCAUAGGGGCAAUUUGGCGAAGCUGUUAGAAGUGUGUGUUAUCUACAGGUGCGAGCAAAGGUUUUCGGGGACGUGCCCGUCCUACGUUUCCUUGAUCCCUCCGGGGAUUAUGUAAAUCCUUAAGGUCAGACCGCGAAGCUUCUUCGAGCAUAUGACAUCUAUAUUCGCAUUUGCGAGCGAACAAAGCUCCUCAGCAGCCAAUGGAGUUCACAAGAAUGUUUCCUCCAAUGGCAGCUCUUGGUGAGUAGACUUUUCGUAGGCGCUCCCGACGAAUUCGAUCAAGAGAUUGCUGGACAGACGGUGACGGCGGAGAACUUGCGGGAAAAUGCGGUGGCUGGGUGUCGCGAGGCAACUGGCUGUUCUCUUUGAGGAGUUCCACCUCCGGUUUCCUACGGAAAAAGACUCCGUGUAGAGUUUCUAUGACCCGAGCGGCUCGCCUACUUCGACGGAACAUACUGCCUGAGUUGAAUGAGUUGAAAACUUUCGCGUAUGAUCAAACCGUCGGUUGCUUAUCCAAUUUUUCUUUUAUGAUCUCUAAUGACUACGAUGACAAUCGGAUUCCGAGAAAAAUGACGAAUUCUUGUGAGCUAUAGUUCGCUGGAUAAGUGAAGCUUUGCGUUUUCGACAAACCACUAGUUGAAUGACGGUGCGAACCGACCCACUUGGACGUAGAUCCUGCCAUAUAAUUCUACAUCUCCCGGUUACGAUAUCUUACACAGCAGGUUUUACCGCCGAUUUCCUCCGAAAACAAGGAAUACUCAACCUGAACGUUUCCGACGCGCCUGUCGUUUCUUUGAGCUUGAGUUUUUGUUCCGAUCAUCGCGAGCCGUCCAAACCGUUGAUGCAGUGGACUAAUUAAGACGACUAAACAAACGCUUGAGUUCAUGAACUCGAUUUUAAGUUGAACGAAGGAGAGGGAACUUUUGCUCACAACUGUACAUAACUGAAUUUCUUAACUUUGUCAGGAAGGAAGCGAAAAAUAAUGUCGAAAUAAACGACCGUGAUAUAAACCUUCAA